AUAUAAGCGGAACAUGGGCCCAGCAUCCGCAGUCAGCCAGUCAGUCAUUCAGUCAUUCGGUCAUUCAGUGCUCGGUAAAAUAGUGCCUGCCCGCCCGCUCGAAGUCCAAUACGCAUGAUGAAUCGAAUGAUUGCGUUACUAGUGGCAGCUGUAAUUGCUGUUACAGCUACACAUGCGGAAGAGGAAUUGGUGGCAGUCGUCCAUCUAAUAUCGUCAUCUCCCUCAAGAAAUGUCACGGGUGACUUGAAGAUUGUUCAAACUCCCCUGGAUGGACCUGUAACUAUCACUGGCAAGAUCUCCGGACUCACGGAAGGGUCACACGGUUUUCAUGUGCACGAAAAGGGAGAUUUGAGUGAGGGUUGCAAAUCCGCGGGAGCGCACUUCAACCCUGAGAACAACACUCAUGGCGCCCCGGAAGACACUGUCAGACAUGUCGGCGAUCUAGGAAACGUUGUGGCCAAUUCUGAGGGAGAAGCGGUAAUAAAUAUCACUGACAAUAUCAUUUCGCUGAGAGGAUCGAAUAGCAUCGUGGGACGAUCCAUAGUUAUACAUUCCGCUGAGGACGAUCUUGGCAAGGGCAAUCAUUCUCUUUCUUUGACAACCGGAAAUUCUGGCGAUCGCUGGGCCUGUGGUAUCGUUGGCAUCGAGUCGUCGUACGGGAAAUGGAAUUCUGGCUCAUUUACUACGCCGAGCGUAUCGAUCCUUGUGAUAUUCUUCCUCAUCGCAGUACAUCAACACCUCAAAUUCUAACUCCCAUGGGAGCUUCAAGUAAUUCCGUGUCUUGUACGAAGAUAAGUAAAUUACAUUUGCAUCUUGAGCUCACAAAUAGCGAAAGCUGCGACUAUCGACUAUUCGUUAACAAUAUCAGCAGUAGCAAAAUUUUAACUACCGCUAUAGAGCGUCGCAGAGUAGCGUUGUGUCAGCAAUUCUUAAUUAUUUUGACGUAAAUGUGACUUACUGGCCGGUUACUAUAAAUCUCAUUGCAAUAAACCGACGAGUAGUUCGAUUUUUUAUGUAUCGGUGAACAUCGAACUAUAUCAGAUUGAUAU